GCUGUUCAGGGCGGCGGGUGCUGAGCGCCGCCGCGCCGCCCUCGCGGGUGCCGGCGGGGGGAGCCGCUCCCGCCGCCCCUCCCGCCUGUGCGCCGCCGCCGCCGCCGCCGCCUGGGGCCAUGGCGGCGCUGGUGCUGGUGCUGCUGGCGGCGCUGGGCGGGCGGGCCGUGCUGCCGGGCGGGCGGUGCGCGGCGCCGCUGGCCGACCUGCGCUCACAGAUCUCGGGCGUGGAGUCGCUGCUGGAGGAGUUUCGCCGGCAGCUGCAGCAGGAGGAGCCGGGGACGCCGGCGGUGGCGGGCGGCGGCGGCGGCGGGGGGGAGCGGUGCGGCGGCAGCAGCAGCUUCUCCGCCAGGCCCGACUCCAUCAUCCGCACCAAGGACUCCAUCGCGGCCGGCGCCACCUUCCUGCGGGCCCCCGCCGGCGUGGCGGGCUGGCGGCAGUGCCUGGACGCCUGCUGCGCCGAUCCGCGCUGCACGCUGGCCGUGGUGCAGGGGCCCGGCCGGCCGCGGGCGGCGGCGGCGGCGGCGGCGGCCGGGGGGGAGCUGGGCUGCUACCUGUUCAACUGCACCCACCGCGGCCGUCCUGUCUGCCGCUUCGCCCCGCACCGCGGCUACAGCACCUACAGCCGCCGGCCCGCCGGACUGGCCCCGCCGCCGGAAGAAUACGACGAGCCUCCGCGGUGCAAGGCGGGACAAGAUAUUGUGCUGCAGUCACCUGUCGACUGGGUGCUUUUGGAUGGCCGAGAAAGCUCAGAUGACCAUGGAAUUGUGCAGUAUGAGUGGACGCUGCUGCAGGGUGACUCAUCGGUUGAAAUGAAGGUCCCACAGCCAGGAACACUGAAACUGUCUCACGUCCAGGAAGGCGGGUAUAUUUUCCAGCUAACCGUGACAGACACCGCAGGUCAGCGGAGCUCUGACAACGUCUCUGUGACCGUUCUGCCCAUGGUUCAUUCUGCAGUAGCCUGUGUCGGGGUUUGCUCUCGCUACCAGUUUAUCUGUGACGAUGGCUGCUGCAUUGACAUCACGUUUGCUUGCGAUGGCGUGAGACAGUGCCCUGAUGGAUCGGAUGAAACCUUCUGCCAGAACCUCAGCCCAGGCCGGAAGACGGUGACUCACGCGGCCCUUGGCGCUACCCAGCAAAGGACUGUGGGACUGACAGAAAACACGGAUGAAAACUUCUCUGCAGAAAACACCCUGAAAGCCACUGCCAGAAAUCAGCCGCUUCUCUCAGUGGAUGCAGACAUGUCUAACCAAUCGCUUUCUCAGGGACCAAAGAAACAAAUCAGUGGAUUUGUGCCAGACAACAGUUCCUCAGGGAAAAGAACGGAUGAUAAAAAUGGGAAUGGCAUAAUUGCGCCAAAGAGAGAUCAGCUUGGAGGUGGUCGUCCAGUCCCAGAAACAGGUGCUGUGUUACCCUUAGCCUUAGGCUUGGCCAUCACUGCUUUGCUGCUGCUUAUGGUUGCUUGCAGACUGCGUUUAGUGAGACAGAAGCUUAAAAAAGCUCGACCCAUUACAUCUGAAGAGUCCGAUUACCUCAUCAAUGGGAUGUAUCUCUAAAAAUUGGAUUUAGGUCAGUUGUUUUCUCCCCUUCGUCCUGUGUCCAUGAACCUCUGCCUCUAUAAAAGGGCCAAAACCUGUAGUUAAGUUUCAAGCGUAGAAGAAGCCUGUGAGAUGAGGAACAUGCGUUCUUCCCCUUUGCUGACAAAAUAAAAAAGUGGGUAGAUGCCCGUGCUCAGAAAAUAAGAAGCGUCCGGGCUCCAGAGAGUAGCUCCACUUGGCUCUUGCGCAGAAGACACUGCGAGGUGGGGACAGCCCAAACUGGAUGUGGGGUGCCCUUGCCCUCCCCGCGGCAGUCGGGGUCCCGGCCACGGCAGAGCUCGCCCCGGGGCCACCGCAGCGGCCGAGGCGCGGAGGGCAGCCUGUGCCACCCAGCUCUUCUCAGCGCUGCCACUGCUCUGGGGACCGGGAUGCUCCAGACUUCACUUACUUCACUGUCCAGCGGAGAGCGAUUGUGUACCUUCCACCUGAUGCCCUGGGAGUAUUUUCAUGAAAGAAUUCGUCUUGCUUUGUUUUUUAAUUAAAAGCAAUCGCUAUCUAAGCACCAGCUUUUGUAAUGAAAUUCAGGAUUUUAGGAACAAAGCAUCUUGUUUCCAUUUGUAGUUUAAACCUCUGUGCAGCUACAGCAGAGAGUCACGCUUAACCAAAUGCUGAAACGAAGGAAAACAAAAAAAGCUGAAAUGAAAAAAGAUACAAGUCCUCUGCGGAGGAGCUGGGACUUACCAGUGCUCGACAGCAGCCCUGUGCCAUCCCAGAGCUUGGGGAUCCUCUCCCUGGAGCUCGGGCCGCGUUCAGCCUCCUCCACCCCUCGUCUCCGCACCUUCCGCAGCGGGAGAGGGCAGCAUGCAGCGGCUUGUACCCGAGGCGCCGGAGCGCAGGAUUCCCACUGGUUAUCCCGUAGCUCCCUGCAAAGCCUGAAAGCUUCGGCAACCUGCCCCCCUUCCCCCCCCGCCCCCCGGCAAAAUUCUCAUAGAAUUAGAGCAAGUAAUUGAUAAUGUGUGAGUGAACUUCAGGUGUGUUAACAGUAAAAUGUGUACAGUACAUGUUAUAUAUACAUAUAUAUGCACACAGCGUGCUGUCUAUCUUGUCUGACUGUCCAAGGAUGUCGCGUUCAUCUCGGGUCCCAAUAAAAACCAGAGGCAGAUGAGGCAUGCAUCUUUUUGUAUGUCGUCUUUUGUACUUCAGUAAGUUCAAGUCAGCGAGAAUAUUGCCAUGGUAUACAAAUAGUUCUUCAAGUUGCUCAGUCUUGAUUACUUUAUGCAAAAUAGCUCUAAUAAACCUAUUUUAUUCUUAUA